GUAUAUCAUUUUUUCCGUGUUGUGGUAUUGAAAUGUUGAACCAGCGUGGACGUUGAUUCUGAUUGGUUGGUGGUGUUGCUGUGUGGUGUGAAGCGGGUUUAAGGUAUGGUGGGGCGUUUCGUGUUUUCUUUUACACUUUUUUGCUUGGUGUUUGUUAAAGCAGCAGGUGCUACGCGAAGCGUUUAUAUAAAAUAAAACCCGUAGUCUGAAAGCACCAGAAAGGAACGAUUGGUAACGACACCAGAAGGACAUGCGCGUUCUGCGAGUCGAAUUCUGUCAAGCUGCACCAACUAUCGCGGAAAUAAAGCAUCUUCACGAGCAGCGGGUACUUUGAUAGGAGUGGAGAGUUCUUUCAGAGCCAGUGGCUGGACCUGAAGCAGUGACCGUAGAGAGUUUGGUACUGGUGCGAAGCGCGUUUCAUUUUCCGCGGCUCCGUGACAAGAUAGUGUUUGUGUCAAUGUACCGGGGUAGAAAUAUUCAUGUCUUCGAGCCAGGGCACAGAUAUGGACGUUGAUUCCCCAUCGGGGACUCUGAAGAGGUGCUCAAGUGCCCCCAUGAUUAACGAAAACAAUACCGGGAUGACAACCUCGCCCCCAGCAACCACCUCCACCAGGGAAUCUGGUAGUUUUAAUUUCUUUGGUGCACAAAAUCCCCCAAGGACUAGAAGAUUUAGUGCUAGUUGUAGUCCUCUAACAGGUUCACUUGGUUCAAACGUUCGUCUAGCCCCUAGGAUAAAUCAAUUGAGACAGGAAGAGUUUGCAGAUUUAAGUAAUUCACGGGAAUUAGCGCACGAACGUGAAAUCCAUCAUACUAUGCAAAUAUCCCAGUCUUGGGAGGAUCUGCGUCUUGUCACUGAAUCGCCGAAACCUAAUAAAAUGGCACCGCUUCACGUCAAUCUACCACCUUAUAAUAUGGGAUACAAUUCGCCAUCGCCUACUCGAUUAAAUUCUUCAUUUUGUAGUUCGCCUGUACAAAGUUUUCAAAGCCCAACACGAACUGCUCGCACUUACGUACGUAGAUCAGCCAGCCCUGUGCUGCGUCCGAGCCCAUUGGGGGUAAAACGCAAAUUGGAUGAGGACAAGUCCGAAUACCAUUUGAGUCCACGAACGAAACGUGUGCCCAGUUAUACUAAUUCGGAUAGAGUAGGACUCUUGACUACUUCCAGUCCAGUACCUGGUUCAUUGAGUUCCAUCGGAACUCCGGAAAGCAUCUCCAGUGCAGAUUCCCCUAAUUUCCAGUGCCGAAUGAUAGACAGUCCGUCGCCCAGCAGGUCGACCGAAUCUAUGGCCACCUCUAAACAUGACCAAGAAAUGGCUGAGGGCCCUAGUUAAGUAACGCAACAAGUCGGAUUAUUAAUAACUUUUAUAUUCAUGACAAAUUUCCUGGCGGAUUACACUCAGAGAGAUAAUUUAAAUUUUUGCAAAUAAAUGUAAAUUUGGUUAAGUUUGGCGCAACCCUUGGUGAUGCUCACACACACACUGCCAACGAUAUUUUUCUCAAUCGGUUAAUAUGUGUUGUCUUUUAGUUUCUUGUGCCAAGUUAAGUAGUAGAUAUGUAGUAAAUGAAUCCCAGCAGUGCCAAAUAUUCGCCAAAUUUAGUAUACUUAGCCAAUCAUCUAGUUGUAGAUUAGGUUUAAACUCAUCCCUGUGAUAAAAAAAUGUUCGUUUCUCCAAAUGAGAGACUCUUUGAUCUAUCCGCCAGGAAAUUUUUCGAGAGAAAGAGAUAUUAUUUUGUAUAUUGAGUGCAGCUUGAGUCACUAUAAAUGUAUAUUUUAUAUUAAUUGAAAAGAAGUAACAAAAAUUAAGGGAUUUUUAUAAGUCAUUUGGAUAACAGCUUGUACAUAUAAUAGUAAUUAAUAAUUUUGUGAGUGAAGAUGAAAGCACACCUAUUGGAUGCAAUCGAAAGAUGGUGUUCUUUCUUAAACGCAGCACGUGGUUUAAAAAUUAUCUCUAAAAUUUUAUCGAUUUCGUAACAAUUCAAACAUCUAGUCUAAUUAUUACGAUUCCCCACGCCACCAAUUCCAUCUAACCAUUGGGGACGAUUUCGAAAAACAAUAAUUAUCUUUGUGCAAAUUUAAAAUAAUGUAAUCUUUGAUACUCUCCCUUUAUCCUUAAGGUGCUAAAACAAAGAUGUUAUUAUUGUUUUUUUUUUUCGUUUUUAGUACAAUUUGAGUUUCUG